AUGAUGCUUCGUCGACUUUUUGUCUUUGACGCUGCAAGGGCGACUAAUAUGCGUUUUCUUACAAUGACCAGCGAGGUACGCGAUAAUCUUACAAAGCAGCUUUCUGCGCUGAAGGAGGAGUGUAGAGGGCAAGGAUUGGAUUUAGCGGACAUGAGCGAUGCGUCGCGAGUGGCUAUGCGGACCGUGCAGGAGGGCCUAACGCGUGUCAGCGUCGAGGACGAAAUUUUUAAGGGGAAAAGCAUAACUCUUUCAGCUUCUAUGAAGGCAUACACGGCACGCCUGUCGAACCUACAGGAUGAGGCGCGGUCCAUUCAGACGGAGGUGGAUGCGCUGCUUAAAAUGAUGUGGGGCACCGAAGCUCCAACGAAGGCUGCCUCCUUCGCCUCACCCCCGCGGUCAACGGAGGAGGUCGGAGUUUCUUCUUCUUCUGCUGCUGCUGCAGCAGGAGGGAAGGGGAAUGAAACGGUCGAUGAUGAGUUUAUCGUGGAACCACCGCCUCUUGCCAAGGCAUUGGGGAACGACAAGCGCCCUGCUGAGCGUGUUGAGGCCGAGCGGGUGCAAGGGACCGCGCAUAAACCGGUGGAGGAGAUGAGGGUGGAGGAGAUUGAGGUGGAGACCAUUGAAGUGGAGGUGGAGCCGAACGAGAGUCCCGCAGACAACAUGAAGAUCACCGACAUCACAAGGGAGUUGUAUGAACGAGGCGUAAACUUUUCCGACUGCCUUGACGCGCGGACGUUGCGUCAGCGAUACAAGGACGUGCUGGCGGGCAAAAUUUCGCCCGGUAUCUCGCCCGGUACGGCAACCUCAAGCCCUGCGACUGCAGAGGCUAACACAAACCAGCCUCGCAUGCCACAACAUCGGCCAUACCAACAACAACAACAACAGCAGCAGCAGCAGCUUAAUACGAACGAGUCUGGACUUGCCCACGAUCCCUAUCCGAACGCAUACAGGAAGAUGGUGGACCCCAUGAAACAUGUGUGGGAGCUUAAAAACGAACUUGCAGCGGAGAAGGGAAUUGACCCAAAGAGCGUCGAUCUAUGGAGUGGGAAAUGCAAACUGGAGGAUCACAAGCUCUUGUAUGAUUAUCCAUCCGUGCAGAACUAUCCCAUAGAGGUGCGCCAGAAGGGUGACAUCCCACGGUAA